AUGCCAAGCCACCGUGACAAGCUGUACCUGCGCAGCUGCCUGCUUUUGCGUCACGAUUCCGGCUUAGAUGCAAAAGAGGCCCAUGCCAAGCUAAUGAAUAUCUACGGCGCGAACGUCAUCUCUUACGACGCAUGCAAGAUCUGGACAGUCGCUAUUAUGGAGAAGGCUAAGAAAGAUGUUGGGCAGAAGUUCCGCCGUAUCAAGCACAAUCUUGUCAAUUCGACGAAAAAGGAUGAUGAUGAUGACUUAAAGAUUGUCAAUGCCCUCGAGCACAGAAAUCAGAAGGUCAUCAACGCUGUAUCUGUAUAUAGAAAGCAUGUGUCAAACACAGUAAAAACCGGGCUGCGUGAAGAGAAUGUAGAUAAGCGUCGGAAAAAGCUGGAUGAAUUUUCGCUCUGCGCGGAUUUGCGUGACAUAUCGUCAGAUCUCGAAAUAUCGCAUACUACAUGCCUCCAUAAAGUUAUCCAGAAGAUCAGUCAAGCAUUGCAAGUUGUCGUCGACGAAAAGGUCAAGCACGACAUGAUGAUAGAGAAACGAGUUCUUGAUGAUUUGGUUCAGUUUCAAGACAUGGAGAAGGCUUUAUGUAAGAGUCGGGAGCGGUUGAAUAACGCAUUCACUGAUGUCGACAUAGCAAAGAAGGCGCUGGAAAAAGCGGACAGCGCAAGCAGCAACAUCCCCCAACUCCAAGAUUCGCUCGAUGCUGCUCAAUUAAAGCUCGAGAACCAAAAGGACAAUACAAUCACAGAUGUGUACUCUCUGGCCGCAAAAGAGCAAGAAAUUGCAAAGGUGUUUGCCGCUUUACUUGAAGAGCAGCUUGAGUAUCAUCGUGUGGCGAUGCGUACACUGGAGAUGGUUUUGCCGGAAAUUCGUCGGGACAUCGAUAACGCUCGUCCUCGUCCGGUGUUUGGCGUUGAUCUCACCGAGCAUCUCCGCCAUACUCAGGGUCGUGUAGCUGUUGUGUUAGAGAAAUGUUGUUCAAUGAUUAGAGCGAGCGGAUUCGCAGAGAAAGGUCUGUUCCGGGUAAACGGAAACAACACGAAAAUCCGAAGGAUGAAGGCAGCGUUUGACGCAGGGCAAAUCGAUAUUGACGAGCGUGCCUACUACCUGGAUCCGCAUUCCGUUUGUAGCGUUCUGAAGAGCUAUUUAAGAGAACUUCCAGAUCCUCUUCUAACUCACCGACUUCAUAACGACUGGGUUAACGCUGCAAAGUUAGAAGAUGAGUCUAAACUGCAAGCAUUCGAGCGUUGCAUCGGCGAGCUUCCGGCUUGUCACCGACACAAUCUCACCUACCUCGUCAAUUUUCUUUCGGAAAUGUUGCAGCAUCAAGAACAGACAGCUAUGAACUGUAGUAAUCUCGCUAUUGUGUUUGGCCCGAAUUUACUAGGCGGUGAUAUUGAUGGAAAUAAUGCCGUAGGAACUAAAAUUGUUGAAACGCUGCUGAAACAUGCGUCGAGGCUCUUCGGGUGUCCUGUGAUAAGCAAUAACGGCCACGGUGGUGGUCAGCAAUCAUCUGGACGUGGACUUACCGUAGACACAAACUCACCUCCGAAAUCAGGGCAUUCGAAGGAAAAGCUAGAGCAUGGUAGUAUUACAUCAUGGGGGACUUCGCCACGAGGAAGGCCAAAGGAGCGCGCUCCACCACCUCCCUACGUUACACCAAAGACUGGCUCACUAAUUGACCUCAGCGAUGAGUGCAAUAACACGGACCAAUCCGCGCAUACCUCUAUUGAUGCAAGGAUCGAUCCUAACCUUACACAGACUCAAUCUCUGAUGUCUGCUGAUCUGAGUGAAUCCUUCGGAAUGUCGCCUACUGCGACCGCAGAAUCAGAUGAUUCUUUUGACGAGUAUCAGGAUGAAUCGCUUCCUGGAAGCAUGUCGCGAAGUCAAGGAGAUAUCGCAGCUGCUUCUCUUGGUACUCCUCAGCGUCCUCCUCCUCCGACUUUUCGGAGUGGAUCGGAAAGCUCAAAUAAUCGUCCACUGUCAUAUAAUAAAGCAGUUGGAGUGGAACCAGUUCCAGUGCCACGUUCUAGGACCUCUCGUUCAGUGAUCGUAGAGAAUUCAUCCUCGUCCAGUGGUUCGGGAUCUCUGAAAAGGCCAUCGAUAUUGAAUCGAGAGGACAUUGUUGGAGCGGAUGCGUCGAACAGCUUUAAAACAGUUGUGGCCGUAGAAGCACCCCCAUUGCCGGCCCGCAACAAACCGCCACUUCCAGCGAAGCCUAGAAGUGGAGACAAUGAGACAUCGCGUCUAUGA